UCCUCCGCGGUUGACUGGAGUCUUGGAGACGAAGGAGACGCAUGCGGUGUUUCAGCCUCGGUUUAAAUAAAUAGGAAAAAGAAUCGUUUAGAUGCCCGCUACGGUGGGGAGUGCGAUAUAUCUCUCUCUCUCUCCCGUCCGGGACGGGCUCUUCGCUCUCCCCAUCCCCUUCCUUCUAAUUUCCGGGUCCUUCCCUCUUUCGUCGUAGGGUUUGCCGUCUCGAUCGACUCCGGUUUUGAUCGCCAGCGCUUGGCUGAUAACUAUCGGUGAUGACUUUCCAGGCAGUUUUUCUUUUGCUGCAGGAGGUUUUCCCGCAAAUUGAUCCUCGUAUUCUAAAGGCUGCUGCCAUUGAACAUGCUGAGGAUGUUGAUGCUGCAGUAGAAUUUAUUCUUUCAGAUGUUUUACCAAAUGAAGUGGUGGAUUUAUCUGCUGAAGUUGGUCCAGGCAAGGCUGUUCCGGUGGGACUUGAGGAAGUUGACGAAGUUAAUAUGACUCUGUUUACAGAUGGAGAUUUAGUGAGAUGUAAAAGAGCUUCUGCUCAUCAUACUUCUGCUGAUGUCAAUUCAUCGGGCAUGGUGGAAGCAGUUGAUGAAGGUUCACAAGUUGGAUAUGAAGAUGAUUCAAAGGAGCCUGGUUUUUUCAUGCCUCAUUAUGAAUCUUUUGAUGCAAACCUUUAUCCAAGUGCACAUCCAUUACCAAAUUUGGUGGAUAAUAUAACUGGUGUAACCUCUGAUCUGAAGAAUGGUGCUCUUCAUCUUGACAACUUACUGUAUAAAACAAUGGGUGAUGGUGGUCUUUCUGAUGUCCAUGAUGAAAAUAACUCGGACCGGUUAACCUCCAAUCCCAAACUUGAACAAGAUUCUUUAGGCAAACACCUUCAGUUUUGUGUGGAAGUAGCAGAAGAUGUGGAUGAUGACAAGCUAAAUGCUGAAAGAUCUAUUGCACUUGUUGAUACCGAUGAUAAGAAUCCUUCGUCGGCAAAUGUUGAGAAAAAUCUAGAUCUAAUGGAGUAUGAAACUUCUGUAGAAGUUGAUACCAACCAUUAUGUAAGUGAAUCUGAAGUGCCGCAGUCCCAAUGUUCAGUUGAACCUGCUAGGAGUCAGGAUUUAUGUGGAUUAGAAGCUAAUGAUACUGCUUCAUCUACUUUUAUCUCUGGCCAAGAUAUCUUGCUGACAGUUUGUGAUAAAAGCUCUGAUUCUGUGGACUAUGGAGCUGAAGUACAGAAGGGUACUGGUAAUACUAGUAGUGAAUAUGAAGAACAGCAGUCAAGGUGUUUAUCCAAGAAUGGUGCUUUGUUAGCUGUCGAGAGUCAGCUGCCUUCCGCUGAUGACAACCACCUACCAUCCACUUUAGCUACUCGAUCAGGCCAUCUUGUUAGCAUUGAGUUUCUGGAAGAAUGUAUUACUGAUGCCAAAAGCAACAAGAAAAACUUGCUGUCUGCCAAGGAGUUGGUAACUAAUUUGAUGAAAGAGGUAGAGUUUCUUGAGAAAAGGGCCAAACAGACCAAAGAGGAGGCUUUGACUUCCGGUCAAGAUAUUCUUCUUAAGGUGGAGGAACUCAAGCAGAUGUUGAAACAUGCAAAGGAAGCAAAUGACAUGCAUGCAGGAGAGGUUUAUGGUGAAAAAGCUAUAUUAGCAACUGAAGCUCGGGAGCUUCAAUGCCGGCUUCUCGGUUUGUCAGAUGAACGGAAUAAAUCUCUCUCAGUCAUUGAGGAGAUACGCCAAACUCUUGAAGCACGGAGAUGUGCUGUUGAGGAAGAAAUGGCAGCAGCUGAGCAGGAAAAGCUUGAAAGAGAAGAACUGGCUCGCAAGGCUCUUGGUGAACAAGAACUGAUAAUGGAUACCAUAGUGGGGGAGUCAAAGAAACUGCAACAACAAGCAGAGGAGAACUCCAGGUUGAGGGAGUUCUUGAUGGACCGUGGUCUUAUUGUUGAUGCAUUACAAGGUGAAAUGGCUGUUAUGUGGGAGGAUGUGAUGUCGCUUAAAGCAAGAGUUGAUGGGCGCAUACCUCCUAGUAAAUCACAAAGAUCAUCAAUUUCCUGCUCAGCAUCUUCAUCCGGUUCGUCAUGCCAUGAGAGCAUACAUUCAUCAGAUAGGGUCCUCCAUCAUGUGGAAUUAGCUGACCAAGAUUCCUCAAAGAGGCAGCUGCCAGAAAAUAGUAACAAUAAUGAUAAAGAGAAUUAUGUCGGUCGCAAUCUCUCUGUGCCUUAUCAUGAUGAUUGGGCAUUUUUUGAAAUUUGAGGCUAAGAUUUACAGCUAAACCCUUGGCAAAGACAACAGAGACAGCUAAAACUUUUAAGUUUUCAUGGCAUUUGCUAGGUUUCUCUAACUAUUGUAUUUAGGGGUGGAAACUUCUGCACAGAAUUGUAUAUAAAUAAGUGGACCUAAAUAUAUCUUCACAUAUAGAUUUAUUAUUAAAUAAAAGUUUUGAGAUGAAUGCAGGUA